AUGGAAUCACCUUCAAUGUUAGCACCAACGACAAAUGUCGUUAGUGCAUCUUCAUCGUUACCAUUUGUUCACCGGUAUUAUGUUCUAUUGAAAGCACAUUACUUUCUUUUCUUUUCGGCAUUUGGUAUACUCUAUCCAAUAUUAAAUAUAACAUUACGUGGUCGUGGUUUAUCAACUACAGAAAUCUCAUAUGCUAAUUUAAUUAUUCCAUUUUUAGUCUUUUUUACAAAUCCAUUAUUGGGUUUUGUUGCUGAUCGUUCUCGUCGUUAUUUAUUAACAUUUAAUUGUAUCAUUAUUAUUAUAACAUGUUUAUAUAGUAUUUUGUUUAUUUUACCAACAAUUAAAUCAAAUUAUAUUCAAGCUACUAUUGUUUACGAUAAUCAAUUAGGUCAUGUAUUAGAUUUUUGUGCUAGUGAAGAAGUAGCAACAAAAUGUUCAUCAAGAUCAGAAUGUGGAUGUUCUUAUACAUCAUUAUGUCAAACAACAAAUUCACCAUUUAAUUUUACAUUUACAAUGAGUUCAAAAGAUACUCGUCAACCCAAAAAAUCAUCAAUUGAUACAAGUGAAUUUUCAACAUGUGGAAUCCAAUAUCGAGUACCUGUUGAUAAAUUUAUACACAAUUAUACUUCACAUUUAUAUUCAAAUAUUGAUAAUACAUCUUUAUUAGUUGUUUGUGAAAUAACUUGUUCAAUAACACAUUUUUGUCAUGGAACACGUCAAUCUCAACAAGCACUUUAUAUUCUUCUUUAUGCACUUUUAUUUAUUGUUGGUACAAAUCUUCUUUCAAUAGGAAUAACUAUUGGUGCAUCAAUUGGUUUUGCUACUUUACCACGACCUGAUAUAUUUGGAGAACAACGUGUUUGGGGUACAAUUGGUUUUGGUUUAUCAGCUUUUGCUGCUAGUCGUAUUUAUGCACAUUAUAAAACAGAAUAUGUUUAUAUUAUUAUGUUUUCUAUAACAACAAUUAUAUGUAUUUGUGUAACAAGUUUUAUUCGUAUUCAACCUCAUAAACGACGACGAAAGAAAACAAAUGAUAAUAUACAAAAUAAUGAACAAGAAAUAGAUGAUAUUAGUGUAAAUAAUAUUACAAUAGAAACGAAGAAUAAAGAUGCAUCUCAAUUCAAAGUAGCUGCACUUAUUCCUUUACUUAAAAAAAUAGAUGUUAUUGUUUUCCUUUCACUUACAUUCAUAUGGGGAAUGUCUUAUGCAGCUCUUGAUCCAUAUCUAUAUUUAUAUAUUGAUGAAAUAGCACCAUGUCAAUCACAUGUUAUUGUUGGUUGGAUGUCAAUGAUAUCUGCAUCGGCUGAAGUCAUAGCUCUCUUUCUUGCUUCACGAAUGCUUAGAUUAUUAGGUAUGAAUACAGCUUCAAUAAUUAUUUUGAUAGCAUUUGCAAUCCGAUUUGCUGGUUAUUAUUUUAUUCGUCGACCUUAUUUUCUAUUAAUUAUGGAAACAAUGCAUUAUUUUAAUUUUGGUAUUCUCUAUGUACUCAUUGCUCAAAAAGCAGAUUCCAUUGCACCACCAGGACUUGCUGGUACAUUACAAGGUGUUGUCUAUGGAGUUUCAUUUGGUUUAGGUCGUGGUAUUGGUUUGAUCGCUUCCUCAAUUAUUUAUACACGUCUUCAAUCAAGACUUUUAUUUUUAGUAUUUGCAUUGUUUGAUACAAUAGCUGCCUUAAUCUAUAGUACUUAUUUUCUUUUGCAAGCAAAAUUCUCAAAGAAAUCUGCUCAAUUGAAUAAUACUAUGAAUAUACCAAAAAUUGUUAUUGAGUCAGAAACAAUUAUAAACGAAGAACCUUUAUUAAUUUCAUCAUCAACAAAUAAAAUAGACAAUAAAAUUAUCGAACAAUAG